UUAGUUAAAUAACUUCAUAAGCUAUGGAGAGAGUGAUGAGCUUGGCCUCAAAGCAUGCAGUAGUGAUCUUCAGCAAAAGCUCAUGUUGCAUGUGUCACGCUAUUAAAAGUCUAUUUCAUGAUCUUGGUGUUAACAUUGUAAUUUAUGAGCUUGAUCAAGAGCCAAAAGGGAGAGAUAUAGAGAGAGCACUGGUUCAGUUUGUGGGCCCCAACACGGCCAUCCCUUCAGUGUUCAUAGGAGGGACGUUGAUCGGGUCAACUGAUAGGAUCAUGUCGCUUCAUCUUGAUGGAGAUCUCAUCCCUUUCCUCCGCAAUGCAGGGGCUAUCUGGCUCUAAUUAACGGUCUAUGAUGAUAGAAAUUAAAUAAAUGUUUCUUCAAAUCCUAUAGCAAUCAUGUUUUCGCAAUAUUACAUGUAAUGGAAGUAAUACAUCUGUAACGGUAAGUAAUCCAUAGCAUGAGAUAAUAUGUACUUUGUUUUUUCCGAUUUUUUAUGAAAAUAAUUAUGAGAAACAAAAUUUUAUGAA